AUGAGUGAGAACUCACCUGCUAAGGUGAACAAAGGACCUAAAAAGGUCACACUCAAGCCAGACAACUGGUGGCAGCAGCGUGCUCCCUCCCGGCCCGCCACCGCCGGCCCUCCUCCUCCUCUCGCCCUUCCUGCUCUCCCUGGCGCGGCUCCUGUUUCUGGGGCACCACCAGUGCCAGAGAAGUCGCCUUUGCGCGACUUCUUUCGCGGCGUCCCGGCUGCCGGUGCCUCCAACCGGUUCUCAACCGAAAAGGGGUACUUUAAGUCCCCAGAAGAAGAGCGCCAAACACGACGCCAUCUUACUCCCGCUGCGCUUCGAAUCAUCAAGCGGCGGGAGGAGAUCGAGCGGAAGAGCAGGGAGGCUUUUCCCGCUGCCGCCGACGACGAAGAAGCCGAGGCGACGCCAUCGAAGCAGGUAGAUCCUGCAGUCCAACGAUAUCACGAGAAUCGGGCUCGGAAGCGCCAAGACCGGGCUAAGGCACCCAAGUACUUCGAAGACAGCAACUUUGUCGAGAAGCAGCAGCACCCGAACCUUCCCAAUUGGUCUUUCGAGCAAGCAUACGAGGAAGCUGGAGUGACAAGAACGACUUCACCUCCUGUCCCUGUACCAGACUACUACGAAGACACUAACUUUGCUCCUGCCACUCGCCGAGACUUCAUCGGUCCCUCCUACCAAGAUAUCGUGAAUACUUUUGCUCCAACGACGAUUCCAUCGGUUCCUCGCCAUAACAAUCAACCACGAAGUGUCGACAUUGUAGCCGAAGCUAAAGACAUCCCACCACUCCGACUUAGAGAGAGCCUCUACCGGAAGUUGCUCGCCGCUAAAUCUGAAACCGACCUACCCAUUCCCGAGGAUCCCGAGGAAGCUGCCCAGCUUGAGAAAGCCUGGAAUAUCAAGCAACGUAAGAUUGCCCGCAAUUGUGUCGCAGACCGAGACCCAGAAGACGGACUUACAGAAUUAGAGGCGAUGCGACUUGCAAAGCAGCAAGAGCGAGCAGUGAUCGAGAAAUGCAAGCGAAGUAAUGAAGAGCCUCCCGGCUACACUUUCGACGAACUCAUUGGCAAGGGCAGCUUCGGUAGAGUGUACAAAGGCCGGCAGAAGGCAAGCAACAAAGUCGUUGCGAUCAAGGUCUUGGACGUGGACGAUGCUGAUUUCGCUGCAUAUGGCGAACAGAAAGAUGAACAAAUCAGAGACUUCAACAGAGAGAUUCGGAUACUGAGACAAGCACAGGAUAGUGGUGCUAUCAACUUGAAUCCCAUGAUCGAAGCUCUACCAAUACACAGUCAACUAUGGUUGAUCUGCGAACACUGUCCGGGAGGAAGUGUCAAAACCCUGAUGAGGGCCACGAAUGACCGACUCGCCGAGAAGUACAUCCUCAUCGUCGCUCGAGAACUCGGGAAAGCGCUCAAAGGACUGCAUGAGGCCGGCAUCAUUCACCGCGAUAUCAAGGCUGCUAAUGUCUUGAUCCACGAAGACGGGAACCUUCAGUUGUGCGACUUCGGCGUAGCCAACGUCCUCGACACUCGAACCGACAAGAGGCGCACGUUCAUCGGUACUCUCCAUUGGAUGCCUCCAGAAUUGUGGACAGAACGACCCGAAUACUCUGAUGAAGUGGAUGUGUGGGAAUAUGGAUGCACAUUGUACGAAUGCGCUCUCGGAAGGCCACCAAACAGUGAUCUGCGCGAACGCCAGCAAUUGAAAACGCGUAUGCGGAGACUCAAACAGGCGAUCAGUCUGCCGGACAACGAGAACUUCAGUGAAGGCCUUCGAAAUCUGGUCAAAUUCACUCUCAGUCCUGACGCAGCAUCUCGACCUUCCAUGAAAGAUGUCUUGGAGCACGACUUCUUGACGAAUACAGAAGAGUCGCAUCCUACGACAGAUCUUGCAGACUUGGUGCAAAAUUAUUACGGGUGGUUGUUCAGUGGAGGGCAACGCGUUUCUCUGUUCAUGCCUGGUGGUGCUCCUGCCGCGGCAACGGAGGAUCCAGACGCUAAGAUUGGCGACAGCGACGAAUGGAACUUCAGUACGACACAAGAUUUUGAGAGACGCGUUUCUACCAUCCUCGAGAUACCAGAUCUUUCAGACUUGACAGCAGAGUUCGAGGAAGAAGAUACACCUCGUGGUCCACCAAAAGUCACUGAGCUGUCGCCUCCUCGACAAUUGACUGCUGCGCAAAAAGCGAACUUUGAAGCACGCGUCAACAGAGGUGCAGCAGAUCUUUCGAAUCUGUUCGACCAGGGUGCACCAGCAUAUGAGUUCAAGACCAAAACUGAUUUCAAGCCAGUACUUGAACCUCCUCCACUAGGACAGCGAAGAACAUCAGACUUGCCCUUCCGGGCUAUGGCAGAAGACAGACCAAGCUCAAUCGCGUCCAACGUACUCGAUCUUGGUGAUUUCGACGAGGCUGACUUUGCUCCUCCUGCUCCAAGAACCGACGACAAUAUCCAAACCACAUACGCAGAUACACCGAAGCAAGAACAAACCAUCCGACUUGCCGACGCAGCUACAUUACGACAGAAGAGAGCAGACUCCAAAGGUCCUCGUGACUCAACAAAUCAGACCUUGACCGCGCGCCGGUCUCGUCUGCAGACGACAUAG